AUGAAGGUUCUCAGUCUCAACUUCCUCACUUGCGCCGUCAAGGCCUGCAGGUCUUCCAAGGAUUCCUACCCUCUUCACCCCAAGGACGCAGAACUCGUCCAGGACGAUAUUGAGUUGAACCCCGACAUGAUCAUCAACGUCCUGCCCCGGCUCGACUGGGAGGCGCUCCGCACGACAGCCUCUGAGUUGGGUUUCCCUCAACUACCUGAGCAGCCUCCUACAGCAGUUGAGCUCCAGGGUGAUGAUAAGACACUCAAGGAUCUUCACCAUCUUCUUCUCGAGACGCAAAUGUCCGAGGGAAAGCUCGUCUGUGGGAGCUGCGGACAUGAGUACGCCGUCAAGGAGGGCAUCGCCAACUUCUUGCUACCCAGCCACUUGGUGUAG